UUCAGUUUGAACCGUCGUAACGCGCGCGCGUGUGUGUCCGCCUCUCUCGGUCCGUCCGUGCCCGGAGAGUUUCUGUGUGGCAGCCGAUCGGCUUCCGGCGGCGUUUUGUUAUCCAAGACGGCAGUGUGUGUGCGUGUGUGUGGGGGGUGACUGCGUGUACAGGUUUUACAACACCUUAAACGGAUCAAAACCUGCCCCCGCCCCGGUACACACUUCGUGACAAACACACGCACGAAAAAAGGCACAGUUCUGUGUGCCAGUUGGGCCCAUUUGACACACGGACGUCGUACGUUUUGUCCCAAGGUUUCCCUGGGUUACCUCUCACAGGAGCUGUGCACGCGUGUGUUUCUGUGUCUGCUUGCGUGUGCGCGUGUGUGCGUUUGUUACAUGAUGGAGAAGGAUUCAAACGAUUACGGUGCACACCUUGCUCCAGUGCCGUGAAGAGUGCCCUGUGUUUGAUCCCCCCAUACCCCCAGUUUGUGGUUUAUUUUCACAUCGCCUUUUGGGUGCUGAAGUGUCUGCUGGCGUGUACAAAAAACCGGACACACGCAGUGUGCGGUGUGUGCGUGUGUGCGCUUCCGCUGCGUGGUGUGUGGUGGUACCUGUGGCGUGCGCACGCGGGGCAGUAGGAAAGGAGCAACCUGCCCGACUGUGUGUGCGGCGAACGCGAAAACGGCUUGUGUGUGUGUGCGUGUGUGUACGUUGUGCACGGUGUGCGUUUUUGCGAAAAGUUUUGGAAGUAAAACGUGGCCAACAGACACACACACACGUACGGUGGCCCCCGGAGAAGGGAGGUGGCCGGGGUAAACGCACGCAUUGCAGCCCCCGAGGUGGUGGUGUCCUCCACACAGUGCCAUCGCCGCCGCUGGCUCCGCCAAAACGCAUCACGCUUUUAUUGAAGCGAAAUAACAUAUCGGAUGUCCCCGGAAAGGACACUUGAUGAAGACAGCAGCAGCAGCAGCAACAGCAACGACAGUACCAGUGUCCAUCAUCUAAUUGCGGAAGAAUCGAUCGAGGAAGAGUUGCUGGAGGAGGAAACGCUGCUCGAGCCGGCGGAAACGAUCGUCGGAGAUCACGUGACGGUCGAGACGUCGUCGCCGGUGCCAAGCCCCGGCGCGGAAACGACACUGUCCGCCUGCCCGCUCGGUGGCGCUGGUAUGACCGAGGGUCCCGCCGCCAGCAAGGCAACCACCGGCACCAGCAUGGUACUGUCCGCGAUCCCCCUGGACCAGUCCAUCAUGCAUCAGCAAAUUCUGCACCUGCACCAGCAGCAGCACCAGCAGCAGCAGCAACACAGCGUGAACCAUACGAUCAACAACAAUAAUACGAGCUUCAAAAAUCACAACAGUAGCCACGCAGGGAAAAACAUCCUGCUCGGCAACAACAACAACAGUGGCAGUGGCACAGUUACACACCAAAUUGUGCAUCCACACCACCACCAGCAGCAGCAGUCGCAGCACCACCAAACGUACACCAUCAGUCUGGGCAGCAGCAGCGCUGGUAACGGCACCAACCACUACCAAACGGUUACCACGGUAACGUCGAACGGUGCUCCGGUCGUCAACACCACCACCGGAAGUAGCAGCAGCAGCAAUAUGGCGUCCGACCGCAGUGGAACGGCCGGUGCACUCGCACUAGUGACCGGAGGGGCCGCCACCACCGUGGUCAAUGCAGCCGUGCCAUCGUCACCGUCCUCGUCCUCAUCCUCCUCCUCCCCGGCAUCGCUCGGUGCUCCUACCAACAGCAGCGCCGGUGGUGGUAUGCUGGUGGUGACGGAUCGCAACGGAACCGCCACCACGACGACCACGGGCAAGCUGGUGCUGCUGCAUCAGGGGCGCGCGGGCGAAGAUUAUAUAACAACGACGGGCGAAACGAUCAACGGUGGCAACAUCGUGCUGCUGGCAACGGAACAGAUGGACAUGGCCGAGCACGACAUCAUUAACAACAACGUUAUCAUCAGCACCGCGGGUGGCACGACGCGCACCGUCGCGCUGCCCGCCCAUCCCGCCCAUGCGCACGGUGGUUCGCCCGCCGGUUCCGGGCCGCCCGGGAACGGUGACGAGGAGCUCACGUCGUUGUCCUGGUUGCAGGAUAAGAAUUUACUAAAAGGUAUCAACCUGUCCAAAGUGCCAGUCUCAUCGCCCGACAGUCCUAGGCAGGGUGGCGGUACUGCCGCUGCUGGUGGCGUUGCCGGUGGCCGCAUCUCGCCGACCAGUGACUUUGUGGAGGAUUCGUCCAGCAUUUCCGAGGACAACAACUCGUCGGCCAACUCAUCGUCGGCGGAGCAGAGCACGGGCAGCAGCGCCGGUGCGCCGGCUUACUCGACCGAUCCGGCGCCGCCGGGUACGCCCGACCGUCGUACGCCCUCGCAGCAUCUGUACCAGCAUGGGGCCGGCCCGGCGAAGGCAAUCACCACGCUGAACGGGGACACGAUCAUUGGCAUUCCGGUCAUAGCGGUCAAUCAGCAUCACCAUCACGCGCUCGCCGGUAGCAAUGGUAGCGGCAGCAGCACCGUCCAGCAGCAGCAGGUCAUUCUGGAUGGUGGCAAAACGAUGAAGGUGUCGGUGAUGACCAGCCCGUCCCCGGCAGCAGCGUCACCGUUCAUUGUGGCCGGGUCCGCAGCGGCAAGCACGGUACCGUCGGCGUACGGCAUCGUUUCCUCGCCCGUUAGCUCCUCGGUGGCGGCAGCUCCCGUGGCCGCUUCGACACCGCACAGCGCGAAUUCCAACAGUACCGCUAAUAGCAGCGGUACCACUACGAACACCACCACCAGCAGCACUACCACCCCGCAUCAACACUUCCACAAAAAGUAUUUGCGCGAGGAGCUGGUGAAACAGCAGCAGCAGCAACAGCAGCAGCAACAGCAACAGCAACAGCAGCAACAGCAGCAACCACAACAGCAUCAACCAAAUCCAAAAACCGCCACCAUCGGUGGCACAGUCACGCUUAUGUCAACCGGUGGCACUAGCAGCAACAUCUUCGUCACACCGAUGAAACAACUAACAAGCAGGUACGGCAGUGCUGUGAAGUACGAGGAUGACGUGAUCGAGGAUCGCCACUAUCCACCGCCGGCAGCGCCGGUCAAGAACGGCAGCAGCAGUUACGGUGGCAGCAGCAGCACCAUGAGCUCGCCGAAUGUCAGCGGCGAGGAGUACGGCAACAGCGUCGGCAACACCGUGACCGUGUACGGUGGGCUCAACAUGAUCAAACCAUCGCCCGUGUCCUCGCCGACGAUGCUGUCGCCAGCGCACAACGGUAGCACGGGCAACGGUUUAAUUAUCCAGCAUCAUCCAAGUCAUUACCAGUCGCAGCAGCAGCAGCAGCAGCCGAUUGCGACACCUCCACCACAGCAGCAGCAGCAGCAACCGUUACCGCCACCGUCCACCAGCUCGCUGUCCAUGCCGGCAUCGCCCCAAUCGAGCAGUGCCGUCAGCCCGUCGAAGUUAGCUCCGCCGAAGGCAAAGCAUCCGACCAACGUGCCAUACGAUCCGCUUGUACACGUCAACAGCAAGCCACCGUUCAGCUUUAGCUCGCUCAUCUUUAUGGCCAUCGAAAACUCGCAGCAGAAGGCGCUGCCGGUGAAGGAGAUCUACGCCUGGAUCGUGCAUCAGUUCCCGUACUUUAAAACCGCCCCGACCGGCUGGAAGAACAGUGUGCGCCACAAUCUGUCGCUCAACAAGUGCUUCCAGAAGGUGGAAAAGGCUGCGAAUCUCGGCAAAGGCUCGCUGUGGAUGGUGGAGCCGCAGUACCGGCCGAACCUGGUGCAGGCACUGUCGCGCUCGCCGUUCCACGCCGGUUCUGGCAUCGACAAGGCAACGUACAAGAGCAUGCAGCAGCAACGUUCCACCAAUGCCAGCCCGACCGGCAAUGGUGCACACUAUUCCAAGCAGGACAACUUUCCUCAGCUGACUAGCCGGCUGGCGCCGGCCGAUGCACAAAACGGUCUGCUGCAUCAGGACGAUCUGGACGACAUUAGCCGCUCCUCGACACCGAUCGACUACGACGGUGGUGCCAGUGGUGAUCUGGCCCCCGGUGUCGGCGGACCGCCACAUCACAGCCCGUAUCGGCCCCAGCAUCAUCACAUAGCGCACGAGCAGCAGCACCAGCACCCGCUGCCGGCCGUACAUCACGCUCACCAGCAGCUGAUUGCCGUGGCGGGCGGUGGCUUCCAUCGGCACAGCAACGGUUCACCCGAACCGCCCAUGAAUGGGGCGGCGAACGGCGCUACCGGGACCACCACCACCUAUCUGACGACCGCCGACGGUACGACGAUUGUGUCCUGUCCGGGCGGUGUCGUGUACAUGAAUGGGGGCAGUGUGGGUGGCGCCACCAGCCUGCCGAAGGAGCUGGUGGCGGGGCGCGAAUGGAGCGCCGACACGAUAGAGGAUGUGAAUGCCGCCACCGCAAUGCUAGCGCUCAAGCAUGGACCUAAGAUUUUCACCGAAAGCUCGUUCCGCAAUGGCAACCCACCGGUCAUUACCACCUCCCCGAGCGAGGACCACACGUACUCGGCCGGCGGUGUCGGCGUGCAGGAGCAGCUGGCGGUCGCCAAUGGAGCGGCUGCAAACGGCGGCACUGCCGCCGCGGUGGUAGCGAAUGGAUUGAGCUGCUGCUCGUCGUCGGACGAACGGUACGAGCCGCCGCAGCACAGCAAGCACCACCACCACCACCACAACCAUCACCAGCCAGCACCGCAUCAUCACACGGCGAUCCAUCAUGCGCACCAGCCACAGCAGCAUUCGAUCCGGCACAGUGACAACGUCAGCAAUGGCACCUCCUCGGACGCUACGUACGAAAGCAGUGAGGAAAGCCAUCCCGCUCAUGUCGCCUCCGCCGAAGACGUUGAGGAACGCCGCCGCCAGGAAGGUGUGUUCGCGCUGCUCAACCUCGCCCAGAUGACCUACUCGCCCGCCUCGUCCAUGUCCUCGUCCACGUCCACGCUGUCGUCGCCCGCCUCGUCGACGGGUUCGCUGAAGCGUGCCGCACCGGCCAACGGUUCCUCCGACGCGCCGUACGCGCCGCUCCACAACAGCGCGUACCGGCUGCACCCCGCCACCGGUUCGCCCGAUCGCGUCCGAACGGGCUCGCCACAGCUCCCGCCGGCCCACCAACAUCACCAGCAUCUGCACCAUCACCUGCAAGCGAACGGGCAUACUAUGCAUGCCGACCAGCAGCAGCAGCAGGCUGUAAACACUCCUGCCGGCGGCAACAUUCUGCAAACGAUGCCGAUCGUUUCGUACUACGGCGGUGGUGGUGGAGGCAGCACCAGCAGCAGCAGCACCAGCAGUGUCGAUCUAGCCCGCCAGUACGCUUCGCCGCCACCGGCAAAGAAAACCAAACCACGCUCAUCGCUCAAGAAGCUGAAGAAAAAGUCGCUCGGCCGGUAAUGCACUGGGUCGCGCCACCGUUGGCAUCGGCCGCAUCGCUGCUGCGGUACCGUCCCGAUCUGGAACGACUGACAACACACAAACACACACACACACACACACACAUCCGCACCGCUCGCACGCAUCACCGCACUGGGCGGUGCGGUGGGCGGACCCUCUAGAUUCAUCACUGGACGCGCGCACUAAAUUGUUACUAUUGUUGCUGCUCUUAGCGAAGCACACUACUGUUGAAUUCACGUUAAUAUUUUAAAAAGCGAAACUCUCAUCCCCGCGAAAGUAUGGGAGCUGGCGGGGGGGCAGGAAAAAAAAGGAAAAGCUAUAGGAAACGCCAACAAUGUCUUCCAUUGUUCGUUUCCCCGUUUAGAUGUUCUUGUUCGGGUAUUCUAACACUCUAUUGCCUUAUUGAUGUACACACGGCGCACGGCGCAGAGCCGCGAGAGAGAGAGAGAAAGAGAGAGGGAACGGUUGCAUGACUUUCGCAAUUGCAAUUGCACGUGUACAGCGCGGCACUGUACAAUGGUACGCAGGACACCACUGUACGGGGAAUGUAUAAAGUGUGAUAACAUGUUGGAACACCUUUGCAUCUGUUUUACCUCGCCAAUCCCAUCUCCUCCCUCUCCACAGGGGGGCCGGUUUCGGCUUGCAACCACCGUACCCGUGCGUGUCUCUUUCUCCUGGCGCAUCUGUUUCAACCACGUUCACCUGCGAACUGUUUUUAAUCCCGUGUUUUAGCUAUCUUUCGUUGCUGUUUUGUGUGUUAGUGGAUCGAUUUUGUGUGCGAAACACGGCACCCCGAUGCAGUAGUAGUAGUAGUAGUAAUAUAGCAGUUAGGUGUUAGGUGGGUGUGUGCGUUGUUUUCGCCACUUGAAAUCAUCAAAGCGGUUCGGUAGAGUUGAACUCUCCUGCGAGAAAAGUAAAAAAACAAACAAGCAACAAAUCUCUAAGAGAGGAAAUUGUAAAUCGUUUUCAAAAAAUGGUUCCCAUCCAGCUGCUGGAAUAGGUUUUCGUUAGACACAGGCCUCCGUUGUACGGAAAGCGGGCGAGAAGCAUGUUAGGAGGAGCAUGUUCGUUAAUGCUUUCGCAAGUUUGUUCACCGAAGCACAAGCAUAGCUUGUUGUCCGAGCUCGUUUUUAGUGGCACCCGUCGGAAGGGUGUUUCCGCUGUUCCCCGUUUAGCGUAGAACACAAUCCUCGCCUUUGCGUAUAGCUUGUUUUGUUAUUUUCUUUUAUUGGGCCGUGUUUUGUAGGUCCUGUUUUCAUCAUGUUUCCAUUACAAUCAACCAUUUGCUUAAUUGUUUUUCGGUUUAGUGUAGUGUAGAGAUGUAGGAACGAUUGUGAGCGGAGUUUUACUAUUUUCCCGCAUAACACGCAUCGGCCACCCCGUGUACAGUGCUCGUUUAGCAAACGAAGCUGCAAGAAGCCAAUCAAUGAAGUUUGUAAUGUAAGAAACCCUUUACCUAACAGCAGCAAGACAAAGAAAAUGAAUGAAGAAAGAGAGAGAGAGAGAGAGAUAGAGCGAGAAAGAGAGAUAGUGAAGGAGAGUGAAAGAUAGAGAGAGAGAGCAGGGGAAAGGUGCGGAAACGCGCAAACCGUAGUCAAAAUGGCACCAAAAUUGCAUUUUUUGUUUGUUUUUAUAUACUUGUUUAACAGUUGUUUCGAUUUUAGUGCUCCGUGUUUAUGUUUGCCCCUAUUUGUUAGCAGUUAUCGAUUACAAAGCAAACGUGUCGUCUAGCCGCGGCGGGGUAGUAUCGAUAUACUACCUUUGAGCGGGGCGAACUUGCUAAGACUAAUUAACGUUAUGUUCUAUGCAUACAUUUAUAUAUCUUUAUAUAUAUAUAUAUAUAUAUACAUCUACAUACAGCUAAGAGAAGAAUAAGAAACGAGUGAUUUAUGAUAUGAUAAGCGAAAAAUAAGUGGAAAGUGAAGGAGUGUGACAGGGGAUCAUCGCCUCCGAAACCGACCGAACCACACCAUAGAAGAAAAAGAAGAAGAAGAAGAAGAAAAAAAGGAAAGUGGUCAACACACAGCACUUAUCUACUCGCGCCUUCAAUAUAGUUAUUCACUUAUCCCCUAACACACCAUUGUCCUACUAUCGAUUAAGAAGAUCCUGACCGAUUUUUGCUAUAAAACCAGACGCGGGGAGAGGCGGUUGGAAGGUGAUGUGUUCGGUCCCCGUCCCCAAACGUGAUGAUAGCGCCAUUUUCCCCCUCCUCCCAAUUUGGGGCGAUGCUUCAAUCAAACUAUUGUUUACGAACGUUAACGUUUAAGGUGUAAUUUGUGCGACGUAAGCCGUUCAAGCGUCAAGCGAGAUGCCAUCGAAGGGGAAGAAGGCCAGCGCCGGUAGGAAGAGAAAAAGAUAAUAGAAAAACGGAUUUCAGUACGGUUUUCCCCCCUCUUUGGAUGACUUUCCCAAUAUCGGUGGAACGCAAACCGUGUAGUAGCGUAAUGAUGUGCGAGAAGCCGGGGUGGUUGAGUUGCUACGUUUAUCUAGUGCUUUACAUACUUCCUUGUUUAAGUUUGACAGUUUGUUUGACUAUUACUACUACUACUAAUUGUAAUAUCACGUAUUUUCACGUACGCCAAUCAUAUGUAGUUGGGUAAGCAAAAGAGAGAGACAGAGAGAGAGAGAGAGAGAGAGAGAGAGAGAGAGAGAAAGAAAAACAAACACACCUAACAUAAGCAAUCAAAUGAGUAAGGAUGUUAACGUGUAACGCGCUGCACGGACCAAGGAAGGGGAGGGAUGGCAGGCAGGUUUAGGAAAAGGAACCUGGUGUCCUGGUGCGGCAUUCAGUAAUGCAACAGAAGCAACGUAAUCAUCUACUUAUAUAGUCCCCUUUAUAUUGGCAAUGAAAGGCGUAUAGAAGCAAAAAUGCAUCAUCCUCCCGUAGCCGCCUUGUCGUCGACGUAGCUUCCUGUCGAACUUAAGCCCUGUUUGUUUGCGUUACUAUUAGCAACUGUUUUUUUCUUAUUAACUAAACUAAAGAAAAGAAAGGAAAAACAACCCCCCCCCCCAUCUCCCUUUUUGAUAUAAAAUCUAUCCCGGUUGAUCAUGUACACUGUUGAUUGCCUAGUUUUCUAGUGAUUAGUUAGCUACAAAUAGAACACUGAGCCAGAAGCGAUACACACAUAUAGCCACGCGGUGUGCGUGCGACUAUUGGGUGAGCUAGGCUAGCCGGACUACUAGACGGUGGAUUUGUUUGUUGAAUAAGUUUAGCAAUAGUAGCAAGUAGCACAGCAGUUUAUUGUAAUACGAAAAUAUGGCGCUAAAUGAUAUUUAAUAGCAAAUGAUUGAUUUCAGAAUAAGAAGAACAUUUUUCGUUGUUUUA